CAAGUGCCAAGUAGGUACCAGUGAAUACAGGUUUCUCCAUCCCUCCGCGGGCCUACAAGACAAGCAGGACACGCGACAGUGCUUUCCACGCAAAGCCUCACUUUCCUGCGCCUCAGCAUCGCAUUCGUUCCCCUUGCGUUCGUAGAUCGCAACGCACGGCCCAAACAUGUCCGCAUCAGACGGUAAGGGUAAGCGUGGCCUCAAAGAGAAACUUUUCCAUCCAUUCAACCACCGGGCGAGCGAGAAACUGCAAGAAGUGCAAGAGAAACUCGACCACACCAAACUAAGCGAUGUUCACGUCAAAGCGGUCCAUGCAAAGCACAAGGUCGGAAAGUUUACCAACAUCUUCAAUGCCAACCAUCGCCACGAUGAGGAGCAUGAGAGGAAGACGGAUGAGAAGAGGUCCAAGAUUUGUGAAAGUCACCGCUUCAAUUCGUUUGCACCAGAAAGAGAUGGGAACAUCGUCAAGUGGUAUGUUGACGGUAGGGACUAUUUCUGGGCUGUUGCCGAGGCAUUGGAGCAAGCCAAAGAGACCAUCUAUAUUGCAGAUUGGUGGCUAAGCCCUGAACUGUUCUUGAAGAGGCCGCCUUUCUACAACCAGAAACAUAGGUUAGAUCAGGUUCUCAAGCGACGAGCACAGGCUGGUGUGAAGAUCUACAUCUCCGUGUACAAAGAGGUCACUGCGGCUAUUACCUGCAAUAGUCAACAUACCAAAAAGGCCCUCAUGGGCAUGUUCAAAGAGGGCGAGCCUGGCUAUGGAAACAUCACAGUCAUGAGGCACCCCGACCACAAUGUUUUCGAGAACGCCUCGGACAUGACCUUCUACUGGGCGCAUCAUGAGAAGUUCAUCGUCAUCGACUAUGCUAUGGCCUUCAUCGGUGGGCUAGAUUUGUGUUACGGGCGCUGGGACGAGAAGCAACAUCCACUGUCCGAUGUACAUCCUUCUGGCAUUCAGAACCAGAUCUUCCCAGGCCAGGACUUCAACAACAACCGCAUAUUGGACUUCGAAGGUGUCGCUGACUGGAAAUCGAACAAGCUUAACAAGCUUGAGUACGGUCGAAUGCCCUGGCAUGACGUCUCUAUGGGUGUCAUUGGACCGGCAGUAUAUGAUAUUGCGGAGCAUUUCGUCUUGCGAUGGAACUUCAUGAAGCGAGACAAGUACAAACGCGAUGAGCGAUACGACUGGCUUACUAUGGAAGGACGAGAAGGCGAGGACGAAGACUUAAUCGGUGUACAAAGACCCAAAUUUCCUGUUGGUGACUAUACGCAUCAUCCGAUAACCCAACUCAGCACAAAGAAUCUCGACAACCGUGGCACUGUGCAUGCCCAGCUUGUCAGGAGUAGUGCAGAUUGGAGUAUGGGCCUCCUACCGCACGAGCAGAGUAUCCAAAACGCAUAUUGCGAAAUUAUUCGCAACGCACAACACUACGUGUACAUCGAAAACCAAUUCUUCAUCACGGCGACCAGCCAACGCAACGAAAACGCAGUUCACAACCAAAUAGGAGCUGCUAUGGUCGAUGCGGCUGUAAGGGCAUCUAAAGAAGGCAGAAAUUUCAAAAUCAUCGUCGUGAUUCCAGCGGUUCCAGGUUUCGCAGGAGACCUACGAGACAAUGCAGCCGCCGGUACAAGAGCUAUCAUGGAUUACCAGUUCAAGAGCAUAUGCCGUGGAGAGGAGAGCAUCUUUGGGCGUGUCAGAGCACAGGGUGUCGACCCAGAUAAACAUUUCUUCUUCUUCAACCUCCGUUCAUACGAUCGUAUCAAUGUUACUCCGUCGCUCAAGAAGCGCGAGGAGGAAUCUGGUAUGAGCUACAUGGAUCUGGAACAAGCUGAAAUCGAAGAGCUGGAGGCGCCACUCGAAGAAAGUGGAGAAGAAGCACGACGAAAUGCAGCAGCGUUGAGGAAGAAGUUUGCUGGAGAGCAUGAAGACGUCGGGUUAGGCGACCAGGGUGGUGUAAUCGACCCAGACUCCAUCGCUGACGAUGCCAUGCUCACCGAGAAGAAACCGAGUGCCGAACCAUGGGAAGGCGACCCAGAAGAAGAGAAAGAGCACUUCUUCCAGGAGGAAUUAUAUGUGCAUGCCAAAAUCUGCAUCGUCGAUGACAAGUAUGUCAUCUGCGGCUCCUCUAACAUCAACGACCGCUCGCAGCUCGGCUUCCACGAUUCCGAGCUGUCAAUUGUUCUGCAGGACCAGGACGAGGUCGAGAUCGAAAUGGACGGCAAGCCCUACAAAGCCGCGCGCCUCGCCCACGAGCUGCGCAGUAAUUUGUGGCGCGAGCACCUGGGCCUCCUCCCCCCACAAUCCCUCGACGCAACAGACGACCCGAAUGCCCAACCUCCCAAUGAGAACUCCCGCAACGACCCACUUCCUGGCCCAGAAGCAGACUUCGUCUCUGACCCGCUUUCCCCGAAACUCUGGGACGAGUGGUUUGAGCGCGCGGGCACGAAUACCGAGGUCUUCCGCAGCUUGUUUCACGCAGACCCCGAUGACUCCAUUCUUACGUUCGAAGACUACGAUGCCUUUACGCCAAACCCGAAGGCGGAUAAGGAUCACAAGCAGGGCCAUUUGUAUGACAAGGUUCGACCUGUGCAGGAGAUCAGGCAGGAGUUGGAUCGUAUCAAGGGGCAUUUGGUUUGGAUGCAGUUGAAGUUCCUAGAGAACGCGGAAUUGGCCGAGAGGGGUCUGGCGGUGAACUCGUUUACGGAGAGUGUUUAUACUUGAUGUGGUUUACCUACACGGAUUGAUGGGAUCGGUUGGAAAGUCUUCACCAUGGGAGUGGCUGGCGUUGCUACUGCGUGAUUCACUUGUUUAUAGUUCGUUCUUGUAUUGGUUAGUUCUGGCGAGGGCAUGUAAUAGGGGUGGAAAUUUGCUAUUGUCACUGUGUAGCUUUGAUCCGUUUGGUAUCAGGAUCAAUAUUGUUUGAACGAGAUCUUCUUUUGCAUUUAUUAACGUCUUGUGCCUAAGCAUAAUCGCUUUAUAUCAUAGUUCACGGCUGUGAUGGAACAGUUGCAGCCUUUUCUGUGAUAUUCCAGAUGAUGCCUUAGUUGUUGUCAAUGACACCGUUUCUUAGCGCAGUACAAUCUGUAAAAGUUCUUAACUAAGAAAUAAUAUUUUCCC